AUGGCGGCGGUGGACACGCCGCAGGCGGCGUUCGCGGCGCUGCGGCCGCUGUGCGCGGAGCUGGCGCGGGCGCGCACGCGGGACAACGUGUGGCGGCUGCAGGCGGCGCUGGGCGGCGUGGGCGCCGCGGCGCUGCAGGAGCUGCAGCUCUACGUGCUGUUCCCGCUGCGCGCCGCGCUGCGCGGGCCGCCGCGCGUGGCGCAGGCGCAGCGCUGCGGGCAGCUCUUCGCCGCCUUCCUGCCCGGCACGGCGCUCGCGCUCGCCCGCAUCGCCACCGCCGACGCCAAGCAGGGCCACGCGCCCACCGCGGCCGCCCUGAGGCUCUUCGGGCACGUAGUCGGCUUCGUCAUGGCCGACGAGCAGCUGGAGAGGGUCCCCAAGACCCCGGAGAAGCCGCUGGAGGUGGAGGGCAGAAUAGCAGAGCUCAUGGUCCACCGAGGACCCGAGUGGAGCCAGAGCACCGCGGAGAAGCUCGCGCUGCUCCUGCGCAAGAUCGUCGAGGUGUGUUCCGCUCACCCRCACUGGAGAGUGCGGCUGGAGCUGGUGGAGCUGGUCUCCCACCUGGCGCACAAGUGCAGGCGGUCGCUCGUGGACUCCUUCGCCCACCUGCUCAAGGCCGCGGUGGGGCUGGUGAACGACGAAAGCGACCAAGUGCAGAGGCGGUGCCGCGAGGUGCUGCAGAGCGUCGCCGAGCAGGGCCUCGUCACGGGCAGCAGGGCGCUGGCCGACGUGCUGUCAGAGAACCUGCACGCCCUCGCCACGGCCCUGCCGCGCCUCAUGAACUCCCAGGACGACCAGGGCAAGUUUGCGACCUUGAGCUUGUUUCUCGGCUAUCUGAAGCUCCUGGGCACCAGGAUUAACAUCGUCCUCAACUCGGCAGCGCACCUCCAGCGCGUCUCCAAGGCGCUGAUGCAAGUGCUGGAGCUGGACGUGACGGACGUGAAGGUUGUCGAGGAGCGACGCGGGGGCUGCGCGAGCRCGCGCGAGCCCGCGGGCGGCCUGCAGAAGGGCAGGCCCCACAGGAAAUACUUCCGCUUCUUCACAGAGGAGAGGGUUUUCCUGCUCCUGCAGCAGGUGUGCCGCGUGCUGGGCUACUACGGGAACCUCUACCUGCUGGUGGAUCACUUCAUGGGGCUGUACGCGGAGUCGGCCGCGUACCGGCGGCAGGCGGCCAUGGUCCUCAACGAGGUCGUCGCCGGCGCGGCGGGGCUGGGCGUGGAGGCCCUUCGCGAAAGGGAGGGCUCCGUGAGCAUGGACGACCUCACAGGGAGCAUAACCUCCAUCCUGGAUGAAUACACAGACCAGGCAAACUGGUAUUUGGUCACGAGUAUUGAUAUGGAAGAGGCUGGUGCCGACUCCUCCGUGCAGCACCCAGGGUGUCCUGCCGGGCCGGGGAGCGCCCGCGGCAGCCUCCUCCUUCCAGCCUCGGACCCGCACCUCUCAACCCGCACCAUGAACGGCAACAUCUGGCAGAUCUGUAUCCAGCUGGAAGGGAUCGGCUGCUUUGCUGCCGUCCUGGGGAAGGGCUUCCGCCUGCUCCUGCUCUCAGCUCUGUACCCUGUGCUGGAAAAGGCCGGUGACAAGACUCUGCUCAUCAGCGAGACAGCAAUGGGGACGCUCAUAGACAUAUGUGAGGCCUGCGGUUAYGACUCCAUGCAGUGCUUGAUUAAUGAGAACUCUGACUAUCUGGUGAACGGGAUUUCCUUGAACUUGCGCCAGUUGGCACAUCAGCCGCACGCUUCCCGCGUCCUGGACACGAUGCUGAGGCAUUCGGAUGCCAGCUUGCUGCCGCUGGUGGAAGAUGUCAUCCAGGAUGUCCUGUCUGCACUUGAUCAGUCUUACGAUAGCCAGGUGUCCACCUUCCUCAGGGUCCUCUACUCGUUAAUGGCAGCUUUAGUGCGGUGGUUCGGAACGCCCUGCAGCGAGGAGAGCCCGCGAGGGCAGGACGCGGAAGGACAGGUCCUCUCGAGCCAGGAAAUGGAGCGGUUCUUCCUCGACUACGUCAGGCAGAAGCGGAUCGCGGAGGGCAACGUGUCGGACUCUGAUGACGAGGAGGCAGAUCKGGUCCCUCCUCCUGCGGAGCCGGAGGCUCCCGCUGCGGAGGCGGAAGGGGAGGCCCCGCUGCCGAGCCACGCUCAGCUGGCCAAGGACGUCCUAGAGAGGUGCAUCCACCUGCUCUCCCACGGGAGCCUCCGAGCGCGGCUGAAGGUCCUGGACGUGCUGGAGCUCUGUGUGACUGUCCUGCAUCCUCACGGAAACCAUCUGCUUCCCAUGGCUCAUCGGCUCUGGCCGGCGCUCGUCUCCCGGCUGACUAGCGAUGACCCCCUGGCCGUGCUCAGAGCCUUCAAGGUGCUCUGUACCCUGGCUCAGAAGUGCGGGGACUUUCUGAGGCAAAGGUUUUCCAAGGACGUCCUGCCCAAGCUGGCCAGCUCCCUGCUCAGCCAGGCGCCGGCCAGUGCCAGAGCGGGACCCGUGUACAGCCACACGCUCGCCUUCAAGUUACAGCUGGCCGUCUUGCAGGGCCUGGGCUCCCUGUGCGAGAACUUAGCCAUGGGCGAGAGUGACCUGAAUAAAGUGGCAAAUGCCAGUCUGAUGUACCUGAGCGCCAGGCAGCCCAGGAAGCUGCAGGAAGCUGCCCAGAGGUAA